AUGGGGGCACCCCCUGCCCCCCGGUGCCGGCCGCUGUCUCAGGCGUCCCUGCCCGGCACCCACCCUCCCGGACCCCCCCCCCCCCCCGCCGCCCCGCAGCAUGCCCCGCGGGCGAGCCUGGACGCAGGCGGAGGUCGGCAGCCUCCUGGCGCUGGUGGGAGGCUCAGGGGAGGCCGCCCUGCUGAUGGCCUCCACGUCGCGGCCCAACGAGGCGCUGUGGCAGGAGAUCUCCCGGGGGCUGGCGGCGGCCGGCUACGGCCGCAGCGUGGCCCAGUGCCGCUCCAAGUGGAAGGCGCUGAAGCAGGCUUUCCACUCGGAGCGGGAGACCCGCCGCCGUGCCGGGCGGCACUCGCCGCGCCUGCCCCCGCACUACCGCGCCAUGAAGAGCAUCUGGAAGGCGGCCGGGCGGCCCGUUUUCGGAGAGCGGCGGCUGCCGGAGCUGGUGAAGCCGCCCCCCCCGGAGGCGCAGGUCGCUGGCCGCACGCUCGCCGACCUCGCCGGCACCGCCAGCUGCUGCAGAGUCCCCCGCAGUGCUGCUGGCACCGCCACUGCAGCACCCAAAGGACGAGCCGGAGAGCCUUUCAAGUGGAUGUGGGAUUCUCCUUCACUUCCAGUCCUAAUCUGUUGCGUAGCCUGGCCGCGCGCCGCUACGCAGCUGCUGCCUUCCAGCCCGGAGGUGGCUGCAUUGCAGUGGUGGCCCGCGGGGAACGCGUCGCUGGAGCAUCGCCCGACCCCGCGGCCGCCCCAUGUACCAGCUGCUGCAUCCCUCCCCAUCCCCUCCCGGGCUGCCACGGCGCCCUGAAAGAGGAGAGCGCCGAGCUGAAGGCAGGUUUUCCUGGUGAGACGUCCCCGGGGAUGGGAAGAGGAAACCGAGCGCUGCCGGCGGCCACCGCAGUCCCCGGCUCCCCCGGGACGGCCGCUGCGAGCGAGCAGGCAGCGGGCGAAGAGGCAGCGGACGCGAGCCUGCAAGGCGGCGGCGUGGCGGGCUUGCUGCAGAGCGUGCAGCAGCUGCUGGUGCAGAUCCUGCAGACGUCGCGGCAGCAGCAGGCGCUGCUGGAGAGCCUGGCCAGCGACACCGUCUCCCACCUCCACCUCCUCUCCCACAGCCUGGUGCAGGUGGGCGAGACCCUGCACCAGCUCCUGCUCCGGCCGCAAGCCCCCCACGGCCACUACGCCCCCCACAUCCCCCUUUUCGAGGGCGGCCCCCAGGUCCCGCUGCUCCCCGGGCUCCCCUGCGACAAGGAGGAGCCCCGGGUGUCCCCCGACGCCGGCUGCGCCCCGCCGUGAGGGCGCGCACCCCUGCAGCCGAGGCCCCGGAUAUUUUAGAAUUUUAUAGAAGAGACAGAUUUUAAUAACAUUAAAAAUAGCUUUUGUACCAGCA